AAUUAAACGACGACCAUUAAGCCGCUCCUUCUCCAUUCCACUCUCUUUAGAAUCAUAAUUACUUUAGCAGUGCAGGCAUGCACCGCCGAAAGUCUAGCAAGGAAGACUUAGACGACGGUGACACGUUUGUUCUUAUUCCAGACAAUGAGCCAACGACGGCGCCUACGUUGACAGCGGCGCCUGCUAGGCUUGCCAGUGGACUACCACAGCUUGGUCCAGGAAUACCAGCGCGUCCACCAACAGUAAGACGUCCACCUAGCAUUUCUCUAAACUCACCGCCUACCUCGCCCUUCCGUGCAUCACAUGCUCGGGUACGAAGCAUAUCCUCGGGUCCAUUCAUGCCACCCGUGUCAUCCCCGCUCGCGAAUACGUUCCAUGUUCCACUUCAUCCGUUUGAACCGGGUCAGGUUGACGACGCCGCAGAAGGACUCAGAGGACACGGACGAAGACACAGUCGAAUGCAUUCUCGCAACUUAUCGCUAUUCUUUCCCCGCCCGCACGCAACCAUCUCUGAAGAUCUCCCUUCAGACGUCGAAUCUGCCCCAAAUAACAAUUUACAAUCCCAAAUCGACCUUCAUAUACCCGCAUCUCAAAGCGAGCCCCUUCAGAUCGGGCAUGACCGUACAGCUUCUUUUUCAUUCGGCUCCUCGGGCUCUAUGCCCAAGUCAAAUUCUACAGGUGCAGUCCCAGCUGGCGUGACAGCACGUAGAGGUCAUCAUCAUAAACAUUCACUCUCUCAUAACUUCUUUUCUUUCCUUGAUCCCGCUCGUCAGUCACAACCGGAAGCAAAACCUGAGGAGUUGCAUACGGCUCCUACCCCUGCUCCAAUGUCCCCGUGGAGUCCGGUGAGCAACAUCCAAGGUGGAGAGAGCGCAAGCUCUGGCAACGUCGACCUCACAGCAGGCACAAGCUCUCGUUCCAGCUCAGCAUCCCCUGCACCCUCUCCAUCGCCUUAUUUCUCUUUGAAUCUAAGCAAAGACGGUCUUUUGGCGCGAGUUGCAUGCAUACUGCAAUUCUGCUUGGGCGGGUUGCUCUGGGUGCGCGGACAGGCUAUCGGGUCGUUGGCUUGUACAGGCCUAGGGUAUUGGGUCGUGUUCGACGCGUUUGGAAUCGCGGUGGGCGGGCCUCUUCUUGGGAGAAGCAAGAGUGGUUUUGGCCCAGCACGCACACAAACAACCCUCCUCUUCGCCCAAUGUGUCUACCUCAUGUUCGCAGGCGUAUACGUAGCCAAAGAAGCUGUCGAACAUGUUCUCCUUUCUGCGGGACACGGACAUGGGCACGGGCGCCCUUCCCCUUCCCCCUCCCCUCCCUCCGCUGCACUAACGCUAGCUUUCAAUGUAUCACUGAACGCAACUGGGGGUAUCACGCGAGGCCUGGGUCUGCACGGCGCAGGUGAGAUGGGGAAUGAUGGACAUCAUCAUCAUUGGGGGGAUGAGAGACCUGAGAUGUUGGGCCUGCGUUACCCCCUCGGUCUUGUGAUCAUCGUCCUCUUCUCACUCCUUGCUACUUCCAUUGUAUUCGAGCACCAUGAUGUGUUGGUUAGAGUAACGAACAAACACAUUCACCUCCCAUCCCCACUCUCUCUAUUCCAGCGCUCCCGACUCCCUCCAUCGUUCUCAGUCCCAGGAAGAGGACAAGCGCAAGCGCCAUGGGAGAGAAUACUGAGGAACCCAUACGCUCUUCCUCCGAUUCUGUUUUGUGUAGCGAUCCUGGGGGGUGAGAUGGUUUUGAAUGUCACACACUACACACCCUUCGACCUUUCACUGGCAACUCUCCAAGUUAUUAUUACCACGCACGUCGCAUACGUAGCGUGUAUAGUCCUAGGUGGUGUGUUGUUGCAGACUGCACCUGCAGCGUCGUUCGGCAGCGUGGGCAAAUCCAAAAUGGAAUCCUUCUGGCGUGUCGUCCGCGAAAUCGAGCGACACGAACAUGUCACGAGUCUUCCUGCUCCACAUGUAUGGCAGGUUUGUCCGCCUGGACAGGGGGAGAUGAGAGGACCGGAACCGCAGUUGAUAAUCACGCUCUCACCACAUGUCCCGUCUUCGUUGCGCGAUGAGGAGAUAUUGAAGUUUACGCGGUGGGCAUGUGAGAGGGUUAGGGGCGCGUUUGUGGGUGAUGGAGUGAGAGGGGUUGGAGUGAAGGUUGAGGUGUGCGUGGGUGUUAUUAGGGGGUAG